CGCAGGGAGCCGCUGAGGUGAAACUGUCAGCGCCCAAAGCAAACGCAAUGUCCAACCACGACGAAGUCCGAUACUGUCACAGGUUUUCCUACUGUCUCCUCAAAUUCAUCCUGUUCGGCUAUGCCAUCGUCUGGUGGUUGAUAGGUGGCUGUAUCCUGGCCAUAGGGAUCUACGCUGAGGUGGAGAGACAACGCUAUAAAACACUGGAGGGAGUAUUUCUGGCCCCAGCUGUUAUCCUGAUCCUUCUGGGAAUCAUCAUGUUCAUCGUUUCAUUCAUAGGAGUGUUGGCUUCGCUAAGGGAUAAUCUCACUCUGCUGAAAGUGUUCAUGUACACCCUGACAGUGUGUCUGCUCCUGGAGCUGCUGGGAGGAAUCAUUGCGCUGGUCUUCCGCAACCAGACGAUGCAUGUGUUGAAUAAGAACAUCCGUAAAGGCAUGGAAAACUACUACGACGACUUGGACUUCAAAAACAUCAUGGACUUUGUGCAGAAGAAGUUUAAGUGUUGUGGAGGUGAAGAUUUUAAGGACUGGCAGGUCAACAUGUACCACAACUGUUCUGCACCUGGUCCACUAGCCUGUGGCGUUCCAUACACCUGUUGCAUUACCACUAAGCCUAAUGAGGUAGCCAACACUCUCUGUGGGUACAAAGUCUUGAAUAAAGAGCGUUUGGACGUGAUAAAUAUCAUCCAUAUCAGAGGCUGUAUUGAUGCCGUCCUCCUCUGGUUUACUGACAACUAUAAGAUUAUGGCUGGGCUUCUGCUGGGAAUACUACUGCCACAGUUCUUUGGUGUGAUAGUCAGUUGGCUGUAUAUCACCCGUGUUGAAGAUGCCAUCAGUGAGUAUGGCUACUACAUGGAUGGAUUACUGGACCCCAAUGCACAGCGAAGAGCACCCAAGCAGCAGGGCCGUAUGGCCAAAUGGUGCAAGUGUAUGCCCGAGUUUGACUAAAGAAGACAAAAAUCAGUAAAUGGACUCCAGCUGACCUCACUUACUCAGUUAUUAAGGCCGUUCAAGUUACUUAAGGUAGCUACAGCCAUCAAGUCCUCCACUGAACUGUAUGCUUAUGUCGCGUUCAUGUCAUAUGGCAUUUUCCGUAAGUACCAUCUGCUGACUUGUAAGUAGCACUCACAUCGACAUCCAACUGGUGAUUGCAAUCAGGCAUCUUGUAUUUCUCGGAAGGCUCUGAUAUAUUUGACCAGGCAGCAAAUACACCUGAAGUACCUGGAAAAUAGCAUCUUUAUUAUCAGUCCCACCCCACUAUUAACGGUAAAUUAACCAGUCUCACCAAUUUAAUGAUGCUUUUAUCCUGCAUGCCUUUUAAAACCACAAAACAAGUCUGCCUAUUGUAUAAAUGAACAUGUUUCUUAUUAAAUUUGCGUUUUAACAGUGUUAACUUUUGACAUAGACUUGAAGAAUUGUAAUGUUGGCUUACUUUCGAGUUCAGCUUUCCACCUGACAUGAAUGCUUGCAAGUCAUAGCGAUGGGAAGCCUUCCUACCUCUACCUUUCAUCUCAUAUGACAUAAAUGUGACAAUUAUACAGAACUGUUGCAUUUUUACCAUACUGCAGAGAGGAAUUACUGGGUUUUUUGUUUGUUUGCUUUUUUUUUUUUUUGGAAUAAGAAUUUGAACUGAAGAAUUGUCCAGCGAUUAGAAAACACAGACUUCAGUAUAUGUUUCUUUAUAGCAUUUAAGAGAAAAAAAGGUUUGCUGUGGCUGCUGUGCUACUAAUGCAAUUCAGUACUGAUGCAGGAAGGGGAGACUAUUGUAAAUAAAGGCUCUUUUAGAUAUAAACUGUAUUCUGCAUUUAGCUGCAUUGUGCCUCAACCAGCCUCAGGGAACAGCUUAGAAACCAGUCCAGACAGUUCUGUAUCCCCAUAACCUCUGUCACAGCAGAACUGGCAGAGAAACCGGUCUGAUCAGCACAGAAACAUGUCACACUGUGCCACAGUCUACCGCACUGUGUGACAUUUAUUACAUCUACCUUAUUUGUUCUUCCUGAAGUCAGUUUAACCACUACUCCAUUCCUGGAGGAAAACAUCUGAACUCCGAUGUACAGUACUCCUGGGGCAUAUCCAACCAUUACUGUUGCCAAAACCUGUGCAGGUUCCUUAGUUGUUUUUUUGUUUUUUGUUUUUUGUUUUUUUUGUUUAAAAAUGUUUCGAAAUGUGUGUCCCUUGAAAAUCAUUGGGAAAACCCUCAUACCCUCAAACCCCAUAUUUAAAUCAUACCCGAACACUGUGAAAUGGCAUCUAAACCACUGCUAAGUGCCCAUUGAAUAUAUAUGACUUGUCUGUCCCAUUUUUAUUAACAGUGCACUGAAUAAUCUCAGAGGAUUUUUUUUAACUUGUACAGUAGCCUAUAAGGUUGUUUUUUUAAGAAAUGAAAAAAAUCCAUUCUGCUACUAGGAGUUUGUCUGUCUCUUGUAACGUAUAACAAAGAUUAUCAAAGCCUUAUUUUUUAUGCUGUUGUUGAAUUUUGGUCCCUUUGGUCCCUUUUCAAGAACUUAGCUAAACUUUCUGGUAAAUAAGAUCUUCAGUCAACUUAGUAGUAUGAUUUGAAAAUAUGUACUCAUCGCAUUUCAGUGUCAGUGCUUUCAGGGCUAUCAACAAUGAGUCAGACUGAUUUGAAAAAAAAAAAAAAAAAAAACAACAACAAAACAAAAUAAACUGUAACACUUC